GAAGUAGAAGUAGUAGUACGCGGAGAUGGUCUGAAGAAGAGAGAGAGAGCAAAGGACGAGAGUUGAGAGCCGUUCAUUCGUUUGUCUAGAAGUGGAGCGAGAGAGAAUCUUAGCCGUCGAAAGGUCGCUCCUUGGAUUCGCCGGAAAAGGGGAAAGAAUGGUCGGCCCGACGACGGCGGCGGGCGGCUGGUGGUCGGAGGAGAUGAGCGGAGCUGGCCUUCGAGGCAUGGAGGCUGAUUACGUCCGCCGAUUUCACAAGCAUGAACCAAGAGAGAACCAGUGUAGCUCGGCUUUAGUGAAGCACAUCAAAGCUCCAAUCCAUCUGGUGUGGUCGUUGGUGAGGAGGUUUGAUCAGCCGCAGAAGUACAAGCCCUUUGUGAGCAGAUGCGUGGUGCAAGGUGAUUUAGAGAUCGGGAGCGUGCGCGAGGUGAACGUGAAGUCUGGCCUCCCUGCGACUACCAGCACGGAAAGGUUGGAGCUUCUUGAUGACGAUGAGCAUAUCCUUAGUAUUAAGAUCGUUGGAGGGGAUCACAGGCUUAAGAACUACUCAUCUAUCAUCACUCUCCAUCCCGAGAUCAUCGAUGGGAGGCCAGGCACACUAGUGAUAGAAUCCUUUGUAGUUGACGUGCCCGACGGCAACACAAACGAUGAAACAUGCUACUUCGUGGAGGCUUUGAUCAAGUGCAACCUCAAGUCUUUGGCUGACAUUUCAGAACGCUUAGCCGUGCAAGACCAUAUUGAACCCAUUGAUCUUCACUAAAGUUGUUAGUGGAUGGCUGAAACUUUGAACCUGUCUCAUCAAGCUGUUCUUCCUAAAUCCAAGCAUUCUCUAUUUCUUUCUCGCUUUCUUUUAUUGUCUUCUUCCUAACCACCUUAGAAAUGGAUGGUGAUGGAAUUUGAAUGUCUGGCUAGCUGAAGAACCUACAUCCUGCUCUUAAGUGCCUCCAAAACCCUGUAAAUUGGAAGUCCCCAGUUGCUAGGGUUCAUCUGAAAUUGUCUCCUUUUGCAAUGUUGUAUAAAUUCUUAUGUAUGAACUGGUCUUUAUCAUAAGGGUAUGUCUGGGUGAAGGUCAAAUCCCUGAAGCUGGAGAAAGUGUUGGAAAAACAGUGCUCUUGUGUGUUCUGGAGGCAUUGUAGAUAUUAUCAUGUCAUUAUGUUCUCCAUAAACAAAUAAGGGAACUCUUUAUUUCUAUGUUUUUCGUAUUAUAAUUU